CUUAAACCCACCACAUUCUCGCUUAAAAUACACGUGACUACCUUAAAAUCCUUAGUAAACUCUCUCCUUUUACCUUUCUCAGACUCUCCAGCUACGCUUUACCAACGCAGUAAAAAUGACCAGCUUGAUGAAAGAUCCGUUCCAAAUUGACUUUGCCGCCCUUAAAAAGGGUGAAAUUAGCAUGGGUACCACAAUCACGGCCCUUCGUUUUCAAGAAGGCGUUAUACUUGCUGCCGAUUCUCGGACCACGAUGGGUGCUUACAUUGCAAACCGUGUUACCGACAAGUUGACUCAGUUGAGUGAAAAAAUUUGGUGCUGUCGGAGUGGUUCUGCAGCUGAUACUCAAGCCGUUGCUGAUAUCCUCAAGUAUUAUUUGUCCCAAUAUCGUAUGCAGUAUGGAGUCGAACCUACUGUUCAAACAGCAGCCUCCCUUGCUUCAGAAAUGUGCUACCAAAACAAAGACUACCUGACUGCCGGCUUAAUCAUCGCCGGUUACGACGAAGAAACGGGAGGCGAGGUGUACAGCAUUCCGUUGGGUGGAAGUGUUCACAGACAGCCUUUGGCUAUUGGAGGAAGUGGUUCAGCUUUCAUCUACGGUUUCUGUGAUGCCAACUUCAAAGAAAACAUGGACAAGGAAACGGCAAUUCAAUUCCUUAAAAAUGCUGUCGGAUUGGCCAUGGAGCGCGAUCGCAGCAGCGGUGGUACUAUCCGCAUGGUGAUACUCACCAAGAGUGGAAUCGAACGCAAGUUUUUCGCUCUAAACACGGCGAAUCCCCUUCCAACGUUCCCCAUACAACAAAAGUAGAAUGAGUGCAAAGUCGUGCUAACCGUGCGGCGUAUGAAUCAAUGACCUGUGAAAACUAUGUUCAAUGAAUGAUUUCAAACAAAUUAAAAAGAUAAAAAGAUUUAUGUAAGAGAAAGUAAUAGGGAGUGCGUGUGUAACGAAUGAAAAGGAAACAAUGAAAGAACACACUGCCAGCAACAACAGUUGAUGUAAGAAAUUAAAAAAAAUUAAAAAUGAAAGACUGUUUUCUGUAAAGGUGACAUGGUCGGAUUGCCAAUGAAAGCAAUGACCCGAACAUCCUUAAGCUGCAUCUUUAAGCUCGUGAUACACAAUCAUCUCACCGUACGCUUGCCACCAGUCGGCAACGUACAUUGGAUGAAAUUCGUCUAAAGACGUAUCCCAGAACUUUCCAUGCGCUGCACGAAGGUAAGGAUGGUCAUUGGGUUGACACCAAACACCGUUGUACGACCAGUCAAUGCGAGUCCAUGGGAACCAACCAUCCUCAUCGUAGGCUAGAUUGAGCAAACUCUGUUCCAUCAUGCGUGCGUCUUCAUACAUGUAUGGGUACCGAGCAAUUGUAAGCAGACGCUGCAUGUGAAGCUUACUUGGUUUCAACAACAUAAGACCAGCGUUGAACAUACUGGCAGGUCUUACUGGAAUAGGGUGAUCAUUCGAACGGUCAUCAGUAGCGGCCAGCAAGUAUGGGUACAUGUCUUCAUGUUUAACGCUGUAUGCGCUAAAAUCGUCAACAAAAAUAUAUCUCUCGUUGUCGUUUGGAUUGACAAAAUUGUGUGCUUUUGCAAUGUCUGGCUGUGGAGGUUGAGUAGCAUACGGAGUAUCAAAUAUAUCGUCCAUGUUUCUCAAAAUUAACAAAUCGCUGUCGACAAUACAGACCUUGUCGAACUGCUCCAGCUCAAACACACGAAGCUUUGUAAACAUAUGCUGCCAACGGGGACUGCCUGUCAGCACUUGAGCGCCCUCCUCCACGAAGUCUUGCGGCAAAAGAGGGUCAACAAGAAUAACUUUUGCUCCGUCCUUUUUAAGACGCUGAAUCUUCCAUUCCUCAACGCCUUUCAUAACCAUUACAUGGACCUCAUACUUUGUUUUCACCGGCUCUCUGUGAAGCAGUCUGUAGGCCCAGAGUCUUGUAGCAUUAAAGUAGAAAUCUUCCUCAGUUGUCGGCGGCGUAAGGAAAGUCAGAUACGUGUAUCUACCCUCCUUAGGUUUUGCUUUACGUCCGAGAGCAUGAUCUGUCGAUUCAUUGCUGCCGAAGCCGUUUCGAGAGAGCAAAUUGUCCAAAGCCUGCGAAUCAGCAUGGCUAUAGACGUAUAGAACCGAAAUUAGUACAUUGAAAGCGACAAAAACGAG